GAACUUUCUGGAAAAGGUCCGCCGGCUCUCGCGCCAGGCAAAACGUACUCGCGAGAUUUCCCGGCGCCCUGCACGCGCGCUCGUUUGUUGGGUUUGUUGUUUGACUGGGAGCAAUGGCGGCGGAGAGACCGAUUCCUCAGUUGAUGGAAAGCUUCAAACCGGCUGGGGCUGCGGACAGUUCUGCAGGCAACGGGGCUGUACAAAAGAUCAUCGAAGGAAAUAGUGAGCUCUUCACAGACAGUCACUGCAAAGUGUGUAAUGCUGUGCUGAUUUCAGAGUCCCAGAGACUAGCACAUUACCAGAGCAAGAAGCAUGCCAACAAAGUACGUCGGUAUGAAGAGCUUCAUCAAGAUGGCGAGCCAGUUGCCAAAAUAAUAAUAAAAGAUUCUUCUGACAGUAGCAAUGGAGAAGUUGAUCGGAAUAAAUAUUGUCCACUCUGUAAUGUGACCUUUACAUCACCAGUUGUUGCCCAGUCUCAUUACCAGGGAAAGAACCAUGCAAAAACUCUGAAACUCAAGCAAAAACAAGAUGAAACUAUCCCAGCAUCUUCUGUUGCAGCUGCUCCCAAGGUAAAGAAUGAAGAUGCUCCAACUUCUGUGCAGUCUAGUGCUGAAUCUGGGAACAAUGACCCUGAUAAGUACUGUAGUCUGUGUCAAGCCUUUUUUAAUCAUCCAGCUAUUGCAAAACAGCACUAUGUGGGCAAAAGGCACAAGAAGCGUGAGACAAAAGCUAAGUUGCUGGAGCAACUGGGGCAGGCUGGUAGUAACUCUGCUUCUGCUAAAGGCUACCCUUGUACCACCUGUAACAUUGUACUGAACUCAAUAGAGCAAUAUCAGGCACACAUCCAGGGAACAAAACACCAGAACCACUUGAAACCUAAUGAAUUUACUGCUGCAGAAGAUAAUGAAGAAGGCCUUGAGUUAUUUAAAGAAGAUGUCAUCUAAUAGUGUUGGCAUGGUCAUCACUGGGUCAGUCAGUGAAUGUUACUCAGAAUGGAGGCCAGUUUGCCUAUGUUCAUGUUUGGAUCUGCAUAAUUUUAAGCAAGACAUUUUUACUGAAACAGUCAAUAAUUCUGAGCUCUAGGAUGCAAUGUAUUUUGUUCUCAGAUUUUAUGUUCAUUAAAGUGACUGAAGGUUUCAGACUAAGAGAACUAGGUUUAGAAUAGUAAGUGGUGCUGUAGUCAUGCUUUAUUGGCUUGGUUUGUUAAUAACUGAGAAACUUGUACCCCUACCUCUUGCACAGUUUUGUUUCUUAAAUCUCACCUGUUAAGUUGGUGAGUUCUCUAGGGAAUGAUAUAUGAACCAGUGCUAUAGAAGUGCUGUUGCAGAUUAUUGCAACGUAACUAAUUUGGUUGCCCUUGAAUUGCAGCCUAGGUGAGAUGACAAUCUCUGACUUGUAAUUAUAAAUUAUUACAAAUAUGCUCAACAAUGGAAUGUAGUUUUGUCACUACCAUAAUUAAUGAACGUAAUUCUGACAGUUUUGUCCUGGGUGUGUCUAACAAGCAUUUCUCUGAUCCUUGAAUAAUUGAGGAGCCAUUUGAUGGCAGUUGAAAAUGCAGAUUCUUUUAUUGCACGUUACUGAGCCCGCAAACCAAUUUGGAAAUUGCUGAUGUAGAUGCUGUGUAUAUGAUUGCAAUAUAAAUUCUACUCUGGAAAUACCUGAAUGUGUCUAUAUCUGUCUCAUUGCUGUGUUUGACUUUUGAAUGGCCACUCUGGUCUGGGUGUGACUGAUGAUCAUAUAGAGCUAAUUAUUGUAAAUAAUAUUAAUGUGAUCUUUUCAAACUGAUGAAACAACAUGUGAAAAUGCAUUCAUUAGUAACUAUUUACAUUUACGCAAAUAGUUCAGUGAAGGAUCUGGUAAAAAAAAACAUAGCAUUCAUGAUUUAAUGUUACAUUUAACAAAAAUAUUUUUGAUGUUUUAAUUGUCCUGUUGAUUUGAGUUUGUACUUUAAAUUGGCAAUUUAGUUGUAGAGAAAACCAAGGCUGCAGUUCAAAACUUUCUUUUACCUUGUUUGUCAAUAAAUUUUGUCCACUUUGUAGCACCUGCAAGACUACCCUGAACUCAGCAAUCCUAAUUGAAACAUGUCUCAAAAUUAAAUAUUCAUACAUUUCCAGACUUGAACAUUUUUUCCAGAGUGCAUGACCUAUAUUGGGGAAAAUGGGGAGAAGACUAGAAGUUAAUACAGGUGUAAUGAAUGUUAAAUGUUUAGAAUGGCAUAAAAUGUUUGUCUUCUGAUGCUAUAUUUUAUUGUGUAUGCAUUUGCUUUUUUAAAAAAAUGAAUUUGGCUGAAACUGGGCAGAAGAAGAGAAGCUGCUUUAAUUGUCAUUGUAAUUGAAAACAACUGAAUUGUGUAGAGAUAUUGUGCAAGGAUGGAACCGGGAGCUCAGUCUAUUCUAUUGCAUCUCUGUAAUUUGAGCUUUUUAAACACUUAGUCUUGCAUUUUUUUCUUUGCUUCAUCUCGAUAAUUAGUUGGACCUCAAGAGAUUUGUUGAAAAAUCUGUGACCCUUGACAAUUUUGUAUCUUUACUCUUCUCGUAUAUAAUAAAUGUCA